GACCUUCCACUUCUUUUUUCUCAAAAAAACCCUGAAGACAGUUGCCCAUCCUUGAUGUAUUCCAUAUCUGCUGCCAAAUCUGCACACCCCCACUCAGACAGAAUCCCAAAAUAGGGUGUGAUGCCUUUCCCGUUGACAAAGCCAUAAGUCACGGUGAGUGAGACACACUUAACAUCCUCCAAUCAGUUAAAUGAAAAGAGCUCUCCCUUUCUGUUUCCCACAACUUCAGCACUCAUUAUAUCUCACAUUAAUUAAUAUAGGCACUAGGAAGUGAGAUGAUAAAUUACAAAAACCCAUUAACCUGAUUCCGUCCAAACUGGGGACAUAUGGCAACUGUACGUUAGACAAAUCUUCCUUGCUAAUGUGGGAGUCUUCGUGUCUGAACUCUAUUAAAGGAGCAGCCACCAAAAAAUAUUUUUAAUGUAUGUACAUAUGGAAUGUGUAUCAAUGUGUGUGCACAGUGCACGCCUGUGGGAGCAUCAGAAUUCAUUAGAUCAGUCUGAUAUGAGAUAUAUUGAACAGGUUCCAUCUGACAUCUGUAACUGGGUUGUUCUGUCCACUCCCAAAGGAGUGAAUCAUAUUGACAGGUUGAAUUAUGUCUCCAGAGAUAUUUUUCUCCCCUCCUCCAAAGGCCAUUUGCAAUCACGGCACAUCCACUGCCUCUUAAAAGUGAGCUCAUCUGGCACUGAGUUGCAUUGAAGUCCUCCACCGUGGCUGAAGGAAGAAUGCUUUUAGGUAGUGGGAACGUGGAGAAGAUGUGGUCUGUCCAGCUGUUCCUUGGGGUGCUAGCCAUCUUGACCAUGACUGUGUAUAUCCCAUCUACACAUGGAGAGCCUUUUUUACUACAAGAUAACCAAGUGCUUCCGGAGAGAGAAGACACAAAUCACGAGGAAACACUGCUGACUCUGCUUCUUAAUAAGAAACUCGCAUGGCGGAGACCAGAAAAUAUUGACUGGGAGCUGGCAAAGAAAUUUGAAGAGCUUGAAAAGCUGGAGAAGUUGAAGGAUCAGCUCUCAACUGAGGAAGGGUCAGAAAUGGCCUAUGCCUUGGAAAGUCUUUCAGCAUCCCAGCCCAAAAAACGCGCCUGCUUUUGGAAAUACUGCAUCUGAAGGCUUGCCAGGACUGGAGGAUGAACAUGAGCCCUUCCCCAAAUGCCUUGCUGGGCAUUAAUGUGUUAAGAGUUUGUUCUGUUCUGUCAUCGUGCUGCUAAGUUGAGUGCCAUCCUCCACAAUUAUACAACAGCCAACUCUAACAGGGACUGUGACAAGAGCUGGUAACCCACUACCACUCUCAACUGUUCCUUCUUUGCAGGUUUAUCCCACUGUGAUCUUCUACUUGGAAGAUGCUCACCAACUUCCCUUACUGUCCUGUGUGUGCCAUUCAGUCUGCUGCCACUGUACACUCUUCCCCUUCUCACCAGGUCCCCUGAGGCACCAAGCACUAACUCAGUUCCUCUGAGUUUGGGCCUCUGCCCACAUCUGCAGACAUUGCUCACAGUGAUGUCUCCAUUUCCUAUCACUUCCUACGAGUAGGUCUGUGAUGACCUGAUACACGCUGUUGGGACAGGAAGGCAGAUUGGGUGUAAUUGGGUGAAGGACUCAGAGCUGCCUGCCUCGGCUUGCUGAGCCAGAGCUGUUCCUUGUUGUGUCCUGUCAGUGUGCGCAGUAGGUCUGGGGGAGGACAGACACAGAAGCCUGGACCCCUUGGAUAUCAUUCCAAUAAAGAUUUUUCU